UAUAUAUAUAUAAAAUAACAAAGCCAGAUUGUCCCUAGCUCUCCCUGUUGCAAAUUUGCAAUGGCGACUUUGAAUUUUAAACUUAGCUUUCAAAGCAUUUUCCCUUUGAAUGCAGAAGAUGCAAAAGAAGCAUUUGAAAAAUACUAUUGAUGGACACAAGAAAAUCUACUUCUCAAGGUACUCAAGUCAUUUCACAGUUUGCCCAAUUGUGAGGAAUAUUUGGAUCAGUUAGCACUAAACGAAGACCAAUCCCCCUAAUUGGAUGUGUAGGACAGGACUAAAAGCCCCCAUAAGCCAAGCCCAGACCAACUCGCUGAAAUCUCCGGCCUCGUCUCCAAAACCCUAACCAUAUAAAUCUCUGCCAUUUCCUUUCUUCUUCGCCUCCUCCCACUUGACACUAAACCCACUCAAAACCCCUAACCAAAAGCAAGAAGAAACCAUGUCUGAGGUUGAUCUCUCGCGUGCAGACAAGAAAAAACACAAGAAAAAAACCAUGUCUGAGUCUGAAACCAAAGAAUCCGACCAAGAUUUCAUGAUCAAACCCCAGAGCACCACCCCUUCCAUCGACACUUCCCAGUGGCCUAUCCUUCUCAAAAACUACGAUCGCCUUAACGUGCGAACCGGACACUACACUCCCCUUCCCUCCGGUUUCUCCCCUCUCAAGCGUCCCCUUGCUGAAUACAUCAGGUACGGCAUUUUGAACCUCGAUAAACCCUCUAACCCUUCUUCCCACGAAGUUGUUGCUUGGAUUAAGCGUAUUUUGCGCGUCGAAAAGACUGGUCAUAGUGGAACUUUGGACCCCAAAGUCACUGGGAAUCUCAUUGUUUGUAUUGAUAGAGCCACACGGCUUGUUAAAUCCCAACAGGGUGCAGGCAAAGAGUAUGUCUGCGUUGCCCGUUUGCAUUCCAAAGUGCCCGAUGUCGCUAAGGUUGCUAGGGCCCUUGAAACUUUGACUGGAGCUGUUUUUCAGAAGCCGCCGUUGAUUUCGGCUGUUAAAAGACAGCUUAGGAUUAGGACUAUUUACGAAAGUAAGCUUCUUGAGUAUGAUGCAGAUAGGCAUUUGGUUGUUUUCUGGAUUUCUUGUGAGGCAGGUACUUAUGUUAGGACUAUGUGUGUUCAUUUGGGAUUGAUUCUUGGGGUUGGUGGGCAUAUGCAGGAACUUAGGAGGGUUAGGUCUGGAAUUUUAGGGGAGAAAGAUAAUAUGGUGACAAUGCACGAUGUUAUGGAUGCUCAAUGGGUUUAUGAUAAUUAUAGAGAUGAGGCUUACUUGAGGAGGGUGAUUAUGCCGCUUGAAGUUCUUUUAACUAGUUAUAAGAGGUUGGUUGUGAAGGAUUCUGCUGUUAAUGCUAUUUGUUACGGGGCAAAGUUGAUGAUUCCAGGAUUGCUGAGGUUUGAGAAUGAUAUUGAGGUUGGAGAGGAAGUUGUGUUGAUGACUACUAAAGGAGAGGCGAUUGCAUUGGGAAUUGCAGAAAUGACGACUGCUGUGAUGGCUACUUGUGAUCAUGGUGUGGUGGCAAAGAUUAAGAGGGUGGUUAUGGAUAGGGAUACUUAUCCGAGGAAGUGGGGUUUGGGGCCAACUGCAUCCGCGAAGAAGAAACUGAUUGCAGAAGGCAAAUUGGAUAAGCAUGGAAAGCCAAACGAUAGUACUCCUAAAGAGUGGUUGAGAAAUGUUGUGUUGCCAGCUGGUGGGGAUUCUACGGUUGCUAGCCUUGCAGCUUCUGCUGAACCGGCUGUGAAGAGUAGUGAGACAGUGGUGGAAAAGGAAAAGAAGAAAAAGGGCAAGGAUGAGGAAGAUGGGGAGGGACGCAAGCGCAAAUUGGAUGAAAGCAGUGAUAGCCCUGUUCCAGUUGUUGUUAAGAAAGCUAAAGUUGAGGAAGCAGAAGUUGAAGUUGAAGUUGAGAAGAAAGAGAAAAAGAAAAAGAAGAAGGAUAAAGAGGAUGGUGAUGCAGAAACUGAAGUGAAGACUGAGAAGGAGAAGAAAAAGAACAAAGAUAAGGUUGAGGCUGGUUCACCAGAUACAGAUAAGUCUGAGAAGAAAAAGAAGAAGAAGAGCAAAGGGAGCGAGGAGGCUUCUGAUGUUGUUAAUGGUGCAAAUGAGGCAGGGGCUGAUAAAAGUGAAAAGAAGAAAAAGAAGAAAAAAAGCAAAGAUGUAGUAGAGGAGUAGAUGAGCGGGUUUCAGAACUUUCCUUUUAAUAGGAAAUCGGUUUUUCCUUGUAUGGUUGCAUUCUAGUGAUAACGGAAGCUUAUGAAAGAACUGUGAGGAAGUUUUAAAGCAAAUGCCUAGUUCAAUUUACCAUGACAAAGCAAAUGGAAAUCUUCUGUCAUUUGACAUUGUGGAUCCAACAGAAAUUUUACUUUAAUAAAAACUGAAUUCAUAUGAGAUAUCAUCGAUUCAUUUGGUUUUCUUCAUUUUGUUUUUACAGCCGUAUUCGAUUUUUAAGUACAAAGCAAGCAAAUGAAAAUGUUUCCUAGUUGGUAUUCUUUUGUAUCCUCCCAAAAUCCUGCUGUAAGAAUAUUCGAAAAUGAAUCCAAGAUUGAAAUCAAAGACUUGGAA